GUCUGCUAGUGUCCGAAAUAGAAAAUGUCAAUAUUGUGAAACUGGUGUUUUGAAAAGUAGUUAUAUUUUGUGAUUUGUGAGUUUUUGGGUACUUAUUCUUGAAUAGUUUUACUGAUAUAAAAUGGAAGAAGGAUAUGUAGACAUUAACAGCGUACCAACCCGAGUAAUUUCCAUGGGUGGUUGGAUCGUAGGGCAACCCAUUAAAAAAAAGCAUUUGAUUAUUGUAAUUCCAGGUAAUCCAGGGUUAAUUGGUUACUAUGAACAUUUCAUGAGAUCACUAUAUGAUGAAUUACUCGGUGAAUAUGUGAUAUGGGGUCUAGGCCAUGCAGGACAUGAUUUUCCCAACAAUGUAACAAUGCCAAGUGUAAAUGAUAAACCAGAGCUAUUCACUCUUGAUGGACAAGUGAAUCACAAAAUCGACUUUGUUGAAACUUACGUUCCUGCUGGUGUCAAUUUACACUUUAUCGGACAUUCCAUCGGCGCCAAAAUUUGUGUAGAACUUGUAAAAAGAUAUCGGAGUAAACACAACGCCGCUGCCUACUUAUUAUUUCCUACUCUCGAGAGAAUGGCCCAGACUCCUAGUGGAAGAAAGUUGUGGCCUAUCUUAGGCCCGCUGAGAAAAGUUGUCGUAUUUGCUGCGUCAUUGCUCUAUCGGUUACCUGAGUCCUGGUUAACACCGGUCGUCGAAUGGGCCAUGCGUUCGAAAGGAAGUCAUUUGGCCAUCGAAAGUUCCACGUCAUCGGGUAGUGCGCCGUCUGCAGUUCACGUAAACGUGAGAACGACCAUGAGGCUGCUACACCCACAAGCCUUAGAACGGUCUUUGUUCAUGGCUCACGACGAGCUCAAAGUGGUGGGUGAAUUGAACGCCGACGAUAUUCGUCUUCACAGCGACAGGCUAGUCCUCUAUUUCGGCACCAAAGAUCACUGGUGCCCUAUGGAGUACUGUCAAAAUUUGCAACGCCAAGUCCCCGAAGCCAGGGCCAUUGUCUGCCCACACGGAUUCGAGCACGCAUUCGUCCUGCAAUCCAGCCAACAGAUGGCCACUAUCGUCAGUGGAUGGAUCAAAGAUCUUUCGUAGCAAUCUGUAUAAUCCUGGCUCAGCCCCGUCAGCGUCUCAACUCUCAGGUGGACGAACGACGCCAAUGCAAAUCACUGGACAUUUACCUUUUUUUUCCCACCUAUUUUUGGCUCAACCGGAAAUUCAGAAAAUUUUCAAAUUAUAUUUUGAGGGUUGGAAAUCACGUUUCAAAAUACUAUUAUAUUUGAAAUGGUAUAUUAUACACAUAUUAUAUUAAACCUUUCUUUUCAAAUAGUUGAUCCAUCAUGUUUUUACGUCCUUUGCACAAAAUAGUCGUCAAAAAAGCCAAUGAAAGAAAAACAAAUCGACCUCAACCCAAAAAUUCACUAAUUCAAACUUGAUGGAAGUAGUUAAAAAGUUGGAUAUGGGGAAAUAAACAAAGCAUUCGUCAUUGUUUACGGGCGAACAUUAA